AAGUCAAGUGAUUUACGCUGGGGACGAUGUUAAUUGUACAUGUCCUCUGGCAACAUGGCUUCAUUGAGUGUAAUAUCAGUGCUGGCCAUUAUUCUUCUUACAUCUCCGGUUUUUAUUGUUGGUGAUACCUGUAUAGGGGCAUCCACAGACCACAAGGUCUACACAACAACCGAUGGUGCUAGCUCUACAGAGACUGUAUUUCUCAUUGAGUUCACACUUGUCUGCAAAAACAAUGCCAAGCAGAACUUAUUCUUGAAUGCAGAGGUUGUUGGCAAGCAGCUCCCUGUUUCUCGUUUUGGAGACAAUCAGUACCAGGUAAGCUGGACCGAAGAUCACAAAAAUGCACCACCUGGCAACUAUGAUGUUAGAUUCUAUGACGAGGAAGGAUUCAGUGCUCUAAGAAAGGCCAUGAGAGCUGGGGAUGAUUCUGCCAAAGUCAAACCAGCCUUUACAAUAAAUGUGGCUCACAAGGGGGUGUCUCAUGGACCAGUAGUAGGCACUGAAGUGAUAGCAUCGGGUCUGGCACUCCUUCUUUGGUACUCAGCAUAUCAAGCUAAGAGCAGGAUUCAAGUUUAACUAGGCAUCUAUUAUCUCCUUUUUUUUCAUUAUUCAUUUGUUUAGCUAGUAAAAAUGAACGGAAUUGGAAAGUAUUUAAGACCCUCAACCAUUUUGCCCAGGCAUUUGUGUGGAUAGAGCUCACUAAUAUCACCCCAAUUUCACAAAGAGGUACCAUUUUCAACUGUGUUACAUAAAUGUGUUUCAUACGUUGCAUGCAGAAGAAGUUGUACUAUUUCAUCAAUUAAAUUCUCCCAGAACAUGUUUCUACAGAUUGAAGAUUGUUUAAGUUUGUAAUUUUUCAAUUAAACAAGACCCAACUUGACUGAA